UCAAGAAUAGCGGCAGAAGCCAAUCUGUGGUGGCGUAUGGCGCUCGCGCAGUCGGGUGGUGGGUAACUGUGUGUAGUGGGAGGCGGACGGUGGGCGAAGCCAUGGAUCAGAGUUACGGUUAUAGUUCUUGGGGUACUGACAACACCAAUACUCAAGGUGCAUAUGCCACGAACAUGGCAAGUUGGCAAGGUUAUGAAGGUUAUGAUUAUUAUGGUGCCCAAGCCAGCAAUACUACCACAACUCCCACAUACAACUAUGAUGCUGCUGCUGUUGCCCCAACUACCUGGGAUACUUCUAAAGUUUCUGACAUGACAAUGAGUGCUGAGAUGGGCACUGGUAUGCCAGUUGUAAAUUACAAUACUGGAACAAUGGAGGCAGAAAACUCUGAUUCCAUCAUAGCAAAAAUAAAUCAGCGUUUGGAUAUGCUAUCAAAGGAAAGCAGUGGUGGUGCUGGGGAAGGCGUGGAAGAUCAGGGAAGCUCUUUCAGAUUUGAGUCUUUUGAAUCAUAUGACUCUAGAGCCUCAGUACCUGACCGUGAUCUGUACAGAGCCAGCUAUGACUAUAACGAAGUUGGAUUAGAUCGGAAUGAUACUUUUGGAAGUCACUAUGAUGUCCCUGGUAACCGCAGAGAUCAACCUGGUAACAGAGGAAACAACUAUGGUUUUGUUAGAGGGAGGGUCCAAAAUCGAGGUCGUCUAAACACUUUCAAUCGUGACCGCUUCAUGCCCUCAAGUACAGAACGGCUGUCUACACACUGGAAUGAAAUGAAUUACAUGGGCGGGAGGAAUAUGGGAGGACCUGGACCUAACAGGCUUCCAUCACUCUUUUCUCGAGCACUUAUCCCUGAGUAUAGGGAUUAUGGAGACUAUGGCGACUAUGGAGAGUAUGGCAACUAUGGGGAUUAUGAUUAUGGCAUGAUGGGAAUGCAAGGAAUGGGAAGGAUUCCUGGGAACAUGCCCUAUGGAUUCGGCAGGACACGUGGCAGACCCAAGAGGAGAGCUUUUCGUGGUCGUCUGGGUGGGCGUUCAGAUAAUGAAGGCGGGUUAUACAAGCGGAAACAACCCCAAAGUGGAGAGGAACCUGAGAGCAAGCAGGCAAAGACGGAAAGUGAAAGAGAUGACUCUGACAAUGAUGAUGGUGAAGAAGACAAGUCAGCAGAUGAAGGUGAUAAAGCAACUGGUGAUGGCUGUGAUGAUGAUGAUGAAGAGACAAAGCAAAGAAAAGAGAAACAGAGACAAAGGGAUAGAAUGCGUGACCGUGCAAUGGACAGAAUCCAGUUUGCCUGCUCUAUCUGUAAAUUCCGAACUUUUGAGAAUGAAGAAAUGGAGAAACAUUUGCAAAGCAAAUUUCAUAAAGAAGUCUUGCGAUACAUUGGGACCAAACUGCCUGAUAAAACAGUAGAAUUCCUGCAGAAAUACAUUGUGAACAGAAACAAGAAGAUUGGGAAGCGCCGACAAGAGCUGACCGAGAAGGAGGGUACAAAACCAAAACCUGACCCUUUCAAGGGAAUUGGCCAGGAGCACUUUUUUAAGAAGAUAGAAGCAGCUCACUGCAUGGCUUGCGACAUGCUAAUUCCUGCACAACAACAUCUUCUUCAGAGACAUCUGAGAUCUGUUGAUCACAACAGGAAUCGCAGAAUGGCAGCUGAACAUUUCAAGAAGGCUAGUUUUCAUGUAGCUAAAAGUGUCCUAAAUAGCAAGCACAUUGUGAAAAUGCUAGAAAAGUACCUCAAGGGUGAUGAUCCAUUUACAGAUGAAAAUAUUGACCAAGACGUUGAGGAACCUGACGUUUUAGAAGGUGCAGAAGGUGAAAAGGAAAGUGCUACUGUAGAGAAAAAAGAGAAUACUGGGGAGGUCAUCAAAACCAGUGAAGUCAGUGAAACUAGUAAACCAGAAGGGGAUGAAGCACCUUGCUCUACUGCAGGUUUUUCAAAAGAUGAAACUGCAGUGAAGGAACAACAGGCAGAAGAGAAAUCAGAUGUAUCAGAAACAGCAGAAGAAGUACCCCCUCAAGAAAAUCUUGAUGAGAAGGUCCAAGAAGUCCAAGUGGAAAAGCAACAGCAUGUGGAGAUAGGGAAGGAAAGCUCCCCUGAAAUGAUAAGAGCUGAAAACAGCAGUGUCGAAGAAGAUCUGGGGGUAGCAAGUAUAGGGCUGUCUCAGGAAUGACCAUAUGAACGAUUGUGUGGAUGUGUUUUUCUUGCUUUGCUAUAUAAUCUUUUCAAUACCCCCUCUUCAUAAUCUUUUGUUGUAUAUUCCUGAAUUGUUGCCAACUUUGUUCCUGUCUGAAGGAAAGGAUUCAUCUCUCUGUAUGGGAAACAGUCUUGUACUGUAUUGUGAAGAAGACAGAAAUUGGCAAGCUUUCAGGUUACUCAGCCGUAAAUUGAUAACUUCCUGCAUUUAGAACAAAUAGAAAUAAUAAAUGUGUUGAUAUUGAGAUCCUUUUGGCUGUUCACUUUCCAAUACCAAAAGGAAAUAUGGCUUCAUUUUGAAAACUGAAUUAACCCUCUUAUUAAAGAGGGAUUAGAUGUUAAAUGUCUUUAUUUUUUUUUCUGUAAAGAUGAUUAUUCAUUUAAGUUUCUGGGAAAAGACCUUGCUGCCAUAAAGACUGUUAAUGUCAUUUAUCCAGUUUGCAGUAUUGCAUGAAAAAUAGCAUCUGUAAUUAUAUACAAAAUGUUAAACACAAACUUAUUGUGCAUCACACUUGAGUUGUCAUUUAUGCUGUGCAUUAUUUCAGUUGUCAUAUGGGGGGUGAUCAGCUGGUGCUUCUUCAUUAUGUUGGUAGAGAAGCAUAUGUGAGGAGGAAAGUUAUGGCAACACUGAAGUCCCACUUCCCUCUUUGUCUCCCAAAAUCUGUUGGAGGAGGAGGAUUCAGAGUAGAUUGCCAAAAACUGCUCCAGGCCAGGAAUAAUGAAGCAAUACCAAGGCCAGCAAAAUAAAGAUAGAUUGUUAUGAUUGAUGCUUGUAGCAUAACAUUUUAAAGUAGAAUGAACACUCUUCUUUCUUUGAAUAACAGCAAAAUCCUUUGUCUUGGCAUUUAAAUAAACUUCCAACAUUAAAAAU